GUGGUGAAGUUGGGGCGUCGGUGGGCUCAGCCUCGGGAGGGGAGAAGCCCCUGUCCUCGGCGUGGCAGGCAGCACUAAGCGGAGCCACAUCCAUGUCGCAGGGCCAGGGACGGAAGCGGCCGCCCCCUCGUCGGCCCGUGGGUAAACCUCCGGAGAACCGGCCCGCCCGCGCCCUCUUCUGCCUGGGCCUCAAGAAUCCGCUUAGGAAGAUCUGCAUAGACGUCGUAGAAUGGAAACCCUUCGAAUGGUUCAUCUUAUUGACCAUCUUCGCCAACUGCGUGGCUUUGGCGGUCUACACGCCUUACCCUAAUUCGGACUCCAAUGCCACCAACGCUAAACUGGAACAAAUCGAGAUUAUCUUUAUGGUAAUAUUUACGGUAGAAUGUUUUAUGAAGAUUAUAGCCUACGGGUUCGCCCUCCACCAGGGGGCGUAUAUACGUUCAGUAUGGAACUUUCUCGAUUUUCUCAUCGUCGUCAUUGGUUUGAUAAGCGGCGCACUAGACUUCCUCAUGCAGGGGGAGGGCGGCGAAGCAAGCUUCGACGUCAAGGCGCUCAGGGCCUUCCGAGUCCUGCGUCCUCUCAGACUUGUGUCAGGAGUCCCAAGUCUACAGGUGGUGUUGAACUCCAUCGUGAAGGCUAUGGUGCCGUUGCUCAACAUUGCUCUUCUCGUCAUGUUUGUCAUUAUCAUUUACGCUAUCAUCGGUCUGGAGCUUUUCUCCGGCGCGCUUCAUUUUACCUGCUAUAAUAAUGAAACAGGUAACCGCAUGGAAAACCCUCAUCCGUGCGACAACGGGACGGCGGGCUUCAGCUGUUCUGAUCUAAAUAAAGAUGGCCAAUUUUAUGUGUGUCGAGACGGCUGGGAAGGACCCAACUAUGGCAUCACGAACUUCGAUAAUUUUGGCCUCGCAAUGUUAACAGUGUUCCAGUGUAUAACUAUGGAGGGCUGGACAGAUAUGAUGUAUUAUAUUGCAGAUGCCAUGGGUAAUAGUUGGCAGUGGAUCUUCUUUGUAUCCAUGAUCAUCCUCGGGGCCUUCUUCGUCAUGAACCUUAUUCUUGGUGUCCUCAGCGGAGAAUUCUCCAAAGAAAGAGAAAAAGCACAGGCACGAGGAGACUUCAUGAAACUAAGAAAAAAGCAGCAGAUCGAGGAGGAUCUGAGAGGUUAUCUAGAAUGGAUAACAGCAGCAGAAGACAUAGAGAUGGAAGGGGAUGAGAAGAAGGAAGCCGAUGACGGGCGCCGUUUAGUUCUGCCGGGAGCCAGCAACCGUGGAGCCAUGUCGGUGGCCUCCCCAACCUCCCUUCUGCUCUUCUUGCCCCUCUUCUCUAUGCGUAACUCCAAAACUGUAGAAGCUGACAUAGAUAAGGGUGAAGAAAAUGAUGAAAACCAACAGCCUUCUUGGUGGCAAAAAAAGAAGAAGGGUUUUGAUCGUGUCAAUCGAAGAUGCAGGCGGGCGUGUCGGAAAGCUGUAAAAUCACAAGCAUUUUACUGGCUCAUCAUUGUUCUUGUCUUCCUCAACACUGCAGUCCUGGCCAGUGAGCACUAUCGGCAACCUGACUGGCUUAGCAAGUUCCAAGAGUACACCCAAAUCUUUUUUUCGGGUGCUUUUUUCCCAUGUGAAAUGUUGUUAAAGAUGUACAGUUUAGGCUUCCAGGGCUACUUUGUGUCUUUGUUCAAUCGUUUUGAUUGUUUUGUGGUGAUCAGCAGCAUCACCGAGGUGGUUCUCACAUCCACUGAGCUUAUGCCUCCACUGGGUGUCUCGGUGCUCAGAUGUGUCCGUCUUCUCAGAGUAUUCAAAGUGACAAAAUACUGGAGAUCAAUGCGUAACUUGGUACAUCGCUUGGGUUUUUCAGUCCCGGCCCCAAACAGAAAGCCUGUGUGCCCCUUUAAAAGUUAUAUGCUUGAAGCUCUGGCAGCCAUAAACUGCAAGGCACAACCCACCAGUGAUGUGUUGCACUACUCAAAUACUGCCACCAAAAUCAAGCCAUUGCCCCCGUUCUCCAGUUUUUUUAUUUUCUCCCACACAAACAGGUAUGUGUGUGUGCCCCAGGCUUGGUGCACACACUACAACAACCCACAACACAAAAAGCCACUGAAGCACUGCCAGUUUUGCCAUUUUUUCCCGCCCAAAACUUUCCUAUGUGCUGCAAACGGGUUAAAACUGGGGGGGCAUGCCCCAGUCCCCGUCUUCAGAUUUUCAAGGCCCAACCCUUGGGUGAUCUUAGAGCCCUACCUACCAUACUACUGCUACCACUGUAACUCCUGUAACUCCUGUAUUCUCUACUAUUAUACUUCGUUUGCUGACAAAGAGGAAAGUUUCGUAAAAACCCUGGCCAACAUAAAACCUUACCCGAGCACUACACCCGGGGGGACUUGGGGGAACUCGGGCCCGCCCCCCCCCCCCGGGGCCCAAACCCCCCGGUCCUUUGGGGCCCGACCCGUAUCCCAAAAGUCCUUAGGGCCUUCCCAUAUCCUGAACUACUUCGACAUUUUCUUCACGUCAGUGUUCACUGUGGAGAUUUGCCUAAAAGUUAUAUCAUAUGGCUUUAUUCUUCACAAAAGGAUGAGCUCAAAUCUGCCUAGUGCUGCACAGUUUCUCAAUAUGAGUAAGCCGAGAGCAUCAAAUUGGCAUGUUAUUUUAGGUAGUUUACAGAAUAUUGAUUGCAGUAUAUUUGAAGGUGCAUUACAAGCAAAGAGUGAGGCAGAAUUCAAAAGAAAAGCUACAGAAGAAACCGAUUUUGAAAAGUUGAACUGUACCUCCCUCAUGGCUGUGCAGGCAGUGCAGUUGCAAUCAGAGAUUAAGAUAAAUCAGCAAGGAUGUUCCUUUGAUAUACCUAAGGAACUUAGUACUGGAACCAGUACUCUGUUACCAAUAACAGUACUCUUAUCUGCAGAUAUUAUUUCAUGCCUAUUUUAUAACCUUUUAGGUGUUACUACGUCUUUUAUAGUAACAGUAACACAAUCUGUUCAUUGCUGGUCACAUGUUGACUCAUCUCCACAAUCACCCAGUCCAUUUGUUAACCUGUCUCCCUCAUGGUUUCCCUCUAGUAAAGUCCUUCAGCCUGCGAACCGUGACCAGACGUUUCUUAGAUGCGGCAACACUGUUUACCGCCUUGAGGAGGAUACGGUAUAUGUGGUUGGCAGCAAUGAUGAGAGUGUUUGGAGUGACCCUAGCAUAAUCAAUGUUGAGGGUCUCUCCUACUCUUGUAACAGUACAACCACAGAUGAGUCCCAGAAGUUGAAAGAAUAUUUGCUUGCCACUUGGCAACAUCUGAGAUUCACAUCUAGGCAGAAAUAUAAAAGAGUAACCAAACUGGAACAUAGUAAGUGUAAAUUGAAAAAGAAUAGUGAUGUAAAACAUCCUGCAGAAGCUGCGUUCUUCAGUAGAUUAGGACACUCUAAAUGUAUAUUAACUUGCAAGUCUGCGUACUUCAGUAGUUUAGGUCAUUCUAAAUGUAUAUUAACUGUGAUAAAUAAACCAUAUUGCAUUAUCCUUUCCAAUCCUAGUUUGCCCUCUUUAUUGGUAAUCACUACUUUCACUUUCCAUCCAACAUUCACAGUCAUCUGUACCACUUAUAGGACAUUCUCUUCAUAUCUCAUCAGUAUCCUGUACUAUCCUUUUAAUAUUGUCCAUAUACAUCCAGUCUGGGUGCCUUUCCCCAGAAGUUGUCUACCCAUGGCCCAUACGAUGGAAGCCAUCACUUCACAACAAGUACCCUUUUACCAUACCACAAGUGCUCCUCCUCAACUCUUGCAAACUAUCACCUUACAAAGAGUUCCAGUAUGGCAUAUCAGGGCUCCCCCACACAAGCUAACCUUACAGUUUCCCCUCAGGGAUGGAGCUAUUUCGGUGGUCAAGAUCCUCCGUGUGCUCCGUGUGCUGAGGCCACUCAGGGCUAUCAACAGGGCCAAGGGUUUGAAGCAUGUAGUUCAGUGCGUCAUUGUGGCCAUUAAGACCAUCGGCAACAUCAUGCUGGUCACCUGUCUCCUAGAAUUCAUGUUCGCUGUAAUUGGAGUUCAGUUGUUCAAGGGCAAGUUUUUCCGAUGCACCGACCGUUCAAAGGCCCUGGAAUCAGAGUGUCGGGGCCAAUACAUUGUAUAUCAGGAUGGAGACAUAAACAAACCCAUGGUGGAGAAGAGAGUUUGGGAGAAGAACUCAUUCCACUUUGACAAUGUGGCCAAGGCAAUGCUGACCCUUUUCACGGUGUCUACCUUUGAGGGGUGGCCUGGGUUGCUGUAUGUUUCCAUCGACUCCAACACAGAGGAUGUGGGUCCUGUACAUAACUACCGACCCAUGGUAGCAAUCUACUACAUCAUCUACAUCAUUAUCAUUGCCUUCUUCAUGGUUAACAUCUUCGUUGGUUUUGUUAUUGUCACCUUCCAGAGCGAGGGAGAGCAAGAGUACAAGAACUGUUGUUUAGACAAAAAUCAGAGGAACUGUAUAGAGUUUGCGCUGAAGGCCAAGCCUGUGCGGCGUUACAUUCCCAAGAACAGAUUCCAGUACAAGAUCUGGUGGUUUGUGACAUCACAGCCAUUUGAAUACGCAAUCUUCACUUUAAUUAUGCUGAACACAGUCUCCCUAGCUAUGAAGUUCCGUGGGGAGCCAGAGGCCUACACUCAUGCCCUUGAUAUUCUCAAUCUCAUCUUCACUGCUGUCUUUGCCCUUGAGUUUGUCCUCAAGAUUAUGGCCUUCAGAUUCAAGUAUUACUUUGGCGACGCGUGGAAUGUGUUUGAUUUCAUCAUUGUGCUUGGCAGCUUCAUUGAUAUCGUCUACUCAGAGGUCAAUCAAGAGAACCCACCGGAUUGGCCGGGCUCCAAUCUCUUCUCUAUCAACUUCUUCCGACUCUUCCGUGUGAUGCGUCUGGUGAAGUUGCUGUCAAAGGGUGAAGGCAUUAGAACAUUACUGUGGACCUUCAUUAAGAGCUUCCAGGCACUGCCGUAUGUUGCCCUCCUCAUCUUGCUGCUCUUCUUUAUCUAUGGUGUUGUUGGCAUGCAGGUGUUUGGCAAGAUUGCAUUGGACUGGAGCACGCAGAUCCACCGUCAUAACAACUUCCAGAGCUUCUUCCAAGCAGUAAUGGUUCUUUUUAGGUCUGCCACAGGAGAGGCAUGGCAGGAUAUCAUGUUGUCCUGCCUCCCACCUGAUGCUCGGUGCGACAUGCAUUCUGACGAUUACAGCGAUGAUAUUUCUUGCGGUUCUAAUGUGGCAUACCCAUAUUUCAUUUCCUUCUACACUCUUUGUUCUUUCUUGAUCAUUAACUUGUUUGUGGCUGUCAUCAUGGAUAACUUUGACUACUUAACUCGUGAUUGGUCCAUCCUUGGCCCUCACCAUCUGGAUGAGUUCAUCACUCUGUGGUCAGAGUAUGACCCUGACGCAAAGGGCAGAAUUAAGCAUCUUGACGUUGUUACACUUCUCAGAAAAAUAUCACCUCCUUUAGGCUUUGGAAAACUUUGUCCAUACAGAGUAGCAUGUAAACGUUUAGUGGCCAUGAACAUGCCAUUAAAUACAGAUGGUACAGUUAUGUUCAAUGCAACAUUAUUUGCCCUAGUAAGAACAUCUUUAAGAAUAAAAACUGAGGGCAAUAUUGAUACUGCCAAUGAGGAAUUAAGAGCAGUCAUCAAGAAAAUCUGGAAGCGUACAAAUCCCAAACUUCUAGACCAAGUUGUACCACCAGUUGGAGUUGAAGAUGAUGUGACUGUGGGCAAAUUCUACGCUACCUACCUCAUCCAGGACUACUUCAGACGCUUCAAGAAGAAGAAGAUGGAGAUUAAAGAACAGAUUGAUAAGGAGUCUGCAAAUACUGUUACACUUCAGGCUGGCCUGAGAACACUACAUGAAGCUGGUCCCGAGUUGAAGCGUGCCAUCUCAGGCAACUUAGAUGAGAUGCGUGAUGAUGAUAUUCCCACGCAUAGGCGUAACCACUCCUUGUUCGGCUCGGUCUGGUCAUCUAUGAGAGUCAAAAGCCUGCAACGAACCCGGUCCCUCCGUGUCAACACCGGACACCACGCUAAAGCGGGUAAUAUCUUGCAUCCUGUAAUUCUGAAAGUCAACAACCAGAUUAUGAACAUGAUUUCUCCAACCAACUCACUCUCAUACUCUCCUGCACAUUCUAAUGAGAAAACUGCGCUCAACCAUACUGCGCACCGUCCUCCAACCCCAUUGGAAAGCUCACAGUCCAUGGGGGAAGAAGAGGAGGGAAUCCCUAUGCGUCCUCUUAGGAUAAUGAACGGGGAUCCUGAGAGAAGAGCAAAUCUAGUAAUAAAGGACAAACAAAUGCAGUAUUUGACGCCCGACUAUCAUGAGAUCAAGGAGAAAGCCCAGAGCAACAUGCCAUUAUCUCUGGUUUUCUCAGAUACUUCUUACUCAAUUAUGGCUACCCAUAAACUGAGGCCAGUCAACUCUAGGGCCUCACUAGCUACCAACAUGCUUAAAUCACACACCAUUGCUCCUUGUAGUAUAGAGAAUUUUCACCACAAGAUACCUUUUUCAUACAGUCAUGUCAUAAUUGUAAAUAUUAGGUCCUGGGGCCUGGGAUGCAUCGGCCGGCAGGACGCCCACUCUCGUAGCUUCAGCAACAUCGCAGAUGGGCUGCGGCUAGCCCAUGCUCAAGCCCUGGCUGUGGCUGGCAUCGUGCAUCAGUCUUCUACUGGUUCAGCACCAUUCAGACGAGGUCUGCGAGCCUCGUUCCACGGCCGAGCGACCUCUCACAGUGAGAGCAAUGGGAGCCUCCCCGGUGACCGCCACUCCCAGAGUGUCCCAAGUAGUCCCAGAAGUGUCUCCAGGCCUUAUUCUGAGGUCGUAGGCUCUGCUGAAAGUCUGGUUGGGAGGGUACUGGUAGAACAGGGCUUAGGGAAAUACUGUGAUCCUGACUUUGUACGUACAACUUCACGAGAGAUUGCGGAGGCCUUGGAUAUGACGUCAGAGGAGAUGGACCGUGCAGCUCAUAAUAUCCUCUCGUCAUCACAGGAAGCAGUACACGAAGAUGCUGAACCUGAGCACCAAAGAGGGGCACGUGGGCCUCCUAGACGCCAAAAUUAUGAUCACCAUUCACCCUUAUAGAAAAAAGUGUGUGCAUAAGCAGCCUAAAUCUGUUAUAUGGUGGUUUUAUUAUGUACUCGUUCAUCCACUUCAACCUGCCUCUCAAAGCUAGUGGAAGUUUCUUGAGGAAACUCUCCCAUAUGUGUAUUCAGAGAGUAUUAAUGGCUUUAGAGCAAGAGUCCUCAGUGUGGUCCUUGGGUCUUCCCAGCCACCUCUGCUCUGUGGAUGGUCUUCUAAGGGAGGCAUUGAUGAGGAUCACAUAUUGUUGUUUUCUAUGGACAUUUGUAGAAAAGGGGAAGAAAAGAAGGAAGGACCCUUCUUAACCUGUGAAUCAUUUUGUACCCAUGGUUUUGAUCAUAUCCCCUACUGGAAGGGGGGAAUGUGUUCUUGGGCCCACCACCAUUCCUAUAUGCAGAUGAAGCUUUCUGUUAAAUCUCUUUGUCUUUCAGAUAAGAAGUUACAUCAGGUAAAGAGCCAGAGCCUAACUUUUUCAUCUGCAACUGUCAAUGUGGUAGGGCAACCAAGGCAUAGUUGUUAGGACCUACUUCUUUGUUUUGUGGGAUUUGUACAAGUUGGCAAGUCAGUGUUGGUAUACCUGAAGGAUUCCCCCCAUGGGAGUCUCGAUCCCUUAGUUGGUUGUGGACUUCCCAAACCAUAGAGAUUGAUACUGUGAAAUAUUUAGCAUUAUUCUUGCCUCAGCGAUUAUUCAGUAAGACUCAUUUUUAUAAAUGGGAAAUAGAGACUUAUAGAAAGUCUUUUGAAGGCAAUGAAUAGUUAUCUUUUCACAUGACAUCAAUCUUGUGCUCGCACUUGGAAAGUGUCAUACUCCUAUUGAAGUAAGUGUAUGAGGAAAUGCUACAGUCAUGCUUAACAAAAAUAUAAAGCUAUGAUAUCUGGGUAGGGAUAUAUGGCCCUAAGCAGUUUGUUAAAGGCUGUGACAAAAUCUGAUUUCAUACUGUAGCUCUGUGUUGGGCUUUGACAUGUGAGCAUGCAUCAUAUCUCUUAUUAUUAUAGGAUGUGAAAACUGUCGAGUAGAACAGUGUAACCUCUACACAUUUGAGUAGGGGUUAACUUACUAACCCAAAGUGCCUCUCUCAAUUGUGAUAAUCUGUUGUUAUUUCCUCUCAAACAAUUUUCACUGAAAGGUACUGAAAUCACCUCAUGUCAUCCAUAAUUAUUUUCAACUUUUUCAUCUUGAAGAAGUUGCAAUAUUUUCUUCAGAACACAUUAAUUUGUGGAUUCUUUUUGGGCCAACUGGGUGAAGUUGGCAACUGGCCUGCACAUUUGGGUCUUUAUUGUUGUUGUUGUAGAGAGUAGCUGUAUAAUCCUGUGAUCCUAGAAACACGCGUGACAUUUUUUGUCAAAAACCCAAACACAGCAUUGCCCACCCAAGUUCAAUACUGAAGUUUAGUCUGCGUUCGGCUACUACUGUGUUGAAAAAAAAAUUACAUGCUCAUAAGUAAAUCAGAAAGAAAGACUGUGGCGUGAAAAGUUCAAUCCAGCGCUGAAGCUCAAGAGGAGUAAACAUGAACUGAAGUAUCUCCUUUUGAAGCAGGCCAAAACUUGAAUGAAAGUCUGAAAUGCAUUGCUUGCUCUCAUGGUAAGCAGCAGCAGAACUAUUCAGGGUAAAUGUGGCAACCAAGUACCUAACAUUUUGUUUUGUCUAUGAAAAAAAGAAAUGUUGGUUUCUUAAAUGGGCUCAGUGAUUACGCCUCAAGAAUAACAGGAUGGUCUCGAGUUCCAUUAGUUCUAUUCGUAUUAAUUUUGGAAAAAACAAGAUUACAAUCUUGUUUCUUUGCAUUUGUUAUGAUGUAUAAAUUCCUUUAGAUGACUGUAGGACUGUUAGUUUUAUUAAAAGAAUUAUAAAAUUCAAUGUACGUUUAUAUCCAUAUUUUUUACCUCAUUGUUAGAGGUUUUGAAAAUUGGAGGAGAGAUUUUUAUGACUUCAAAUACAGUAUUUAAUAAAUAUUACUGCAGCAGAAAAGAAAUCAAAUUCAUUCUCCAAAUCAACCUUACAGCAUAAUUUGCUGCCUUUGUGAUAAGCAGAAAAGGCAGUCCAAGAACUGAAUUGGAUAUAUAUAAGCACGUUUUUAUAUACAAUUUUAGAAAAUGAACCCCACAGAACAUGUGUCAAGUGUUCACAGUGCUGCUAUGAACUUGUACAUCUCCGCAAAUUUUCAAAUCCUCUUGGGUAGUGGUCAGGUGAUGGAGACUACUGCCACCUGAACCUAAUGUUGUGUCCCAGAAACGGAAUCCAAGACCACAGUGACCAGAUUUUGUCAUGGAUAGAUAUACAUAGGGUCGAGUAGUCCUCUGUUUCUAUAAUCAGUAUGUGGAGUUAUCAAGACAAUUUCGUGUGAUGAUGAUAUCUGCAAGCAACAUUUUUGGUUGUACUUGCCGUCAUCCUCAAUUUGACCAUAGAUAGUUCAUAUUUUGUCUGAAAUAACUAUAGCCUUGAAUAGCCCUAGUUUGUCCACUUCCAAAGGUUUUGGUGCUCAAUGUCCAUGACAGUUGUCUCUCGUGUUCCAACUUUGUCAUACACUACACAUUUUUACCAAUUUACCACUGCUUCAUUUAAACUUAUUACAAAUUGUUAAUAUUUGAUCAGUAGGAUUUAGUAACUCAAUUCCAUUCUGGGAUACAAUUGUGUUAUAAACUAUAGACCCCUUCUAAUGUUGAAUUUUUGUUGACCUUGUGCAACGGCCUGUAAGUGUGAUGGCCGGUCAGGGGACAAAAUGUCAAUUGUCGUCACAGGAUAAAGUUAUUUGGAAAAUGAGUGUUUCUGCAAUGUCUCUGAAAUGUUCAUUUUUUAUUUUCACAAAAGAACUCCAUUAGCUUUUGUGAAAAGUUUGGCAUACAAAUCAUUAUAAUAAGUAUAUUUCAAAAACAUUGCCAGUUGACAAUAACUGCAGAGAAUAAUUUCUUUUACAUCUCCAAGAGUCAAUCACUAAUUUACUGUGAAUGGUUUGAUAAAUGUUUGACACAUUACUCAAAAUCUUAUGUGCCAUCAGAGGUGUCGUCAUCCAUCACUAUUGUGCUAUUCAUAGGUCAUUUUAGUAUAUGAUAUGGCAGUUAUUUUAUGUUGCUUUAUAAUUUUUUAUAGGUUUCGUGGCCAAUAAGAAUUGUUAUAUUUUUAAUUCCUAGAUACUUUAGAGAAGUAGUGGAUGUAUAAGAGUAUACUUCGCAGGGGUCUACAUGAAGCUGAUCGUAAAUAUGGGUAGUGUUCAUGAACCGCUGCUGGACUCAAGUUCCCUACUUCACUUCAAAGUGGCCGAUUUUUUACUGUAGGAUUUUAUAUGAGGUCAGUAUUAGAUGUGCAGUUAUUAUAUAAUUUUGUUGUUUUUUUUUUCUCAAGAAAGAGUAGCACAUGUAAAUUUCAGCAUAGAGAAGUGACAAUAUGUCUCACUGCACAAAUAUUGUUAUUGUGAAAUAUUUGUAUCUAUUUAAAGGUGAAUAAUAGUCAUCAUAGAACAAUGAUGGCAUAUUUUCUACAUAAUUUUACUACUUCAUCUAAUUGUAAUUAAAACACAUUUACUGGGAAACUGGUGUGAGGUGUUGUGCCUGGUGUUGGAGGUUUAUGUGAUUUUGUAAGGAAAAUAAAACCUUUCUUUCCUUGA